AAUCAGCUGCAAAGGAAGUCUAUCGGAUAUAAGUUUUAUAAGUUUAUCGCUGAGGCUCCUUAUCUACAAGUCUGUUUGUACAGGAUCUUUAGGCGCAGAUUACUACUAGAAAUAGGUCGGUUGAACUUAUAACCGAUACACCUCCAAGUGCAAGCUGUCCAGCCCCACACAAUGACGACAAGUCGCUGGGUCACCAGGAUAGCUCGUCUGCCUCUACCGCGAGUCCAGCAGGUCACAUCUCGCAGAACAAUCGGCUCUGUCAGUGCAAUCGACUCGGGCACCUUUCGCACCUUAUUCGGAACAGAGGAGAUCCGGAAAGUGUUCGACGACGAGGCAUACAUCCAGCGAUGCAUCGACGCCGAGGCCGCGCUCGCCAGAGCCCAGUCACGAUGCGACGUGAUUCCCCCACGGAUCGGAGACCUGGUGACGCAGAAGAUACGUGAAUCGCAAUUGGACAUGGACCGUCUGCGACAGGAAACUGAGGUUGUAGGAUACCCGAUUCUGCCGCUUGUUCGUCAACUGUCGACGAUAUGUGGCGAGGAGGCUGGCAAGUACGUUCACUGGGGGGCCACGACGCAGGAUAUCAUGGAUCUUGCCAGUGUCCUACAGAUGAAAGAGGGCCUGAAUAUUGUCGAGCGACUUCUCAAAGAAGUCAUCCGUACUCUACGCGGCCUGUCCCACGCCCUGCCCGUCACCUUCGGCUACAAGUGCGCAGUCUGGCUGUCUGGUUUCCAGCGCCAUGCUGAGCGCUUAGAGCAGCUGAAGCGUCGGUGCUUACUGGCUCAGUUCGGCGAAGCAGCAGGGUCUUUGGCGUCGCUGGGCCCCGGGGACGACGGGCUCCGCGUACGCAGAGCCCUGGCGGAAGAGCUGGGACUGGAGAACCCGUCUAUCACUUGGCAUGUCGCGCGAGACGGCGUGGCGGAAAUUGUGAACUUCCUGGCGCUGAUGGGAGGGUCGAUGGGCAAGGUGGCCCUGGAUAUUAUCAUGAUGUCGUCGAAUGAGCUGGGGGAGGUGUCCGAGCCGUUUGUGCCCCACCGUGGCGCCUCCUCCACCAUGCCACAGAAACGCAAUCCCAUCUCGAGUGAGGUGAUCCUUGCUGCAUCCAAGAUCUUGCGGUCGAACGCAGGCCUGGUUCUCGAUGGCAUGGUGGCGGACUUCGAGCGCGCAUCCGGUCCCUGGCAUUUAGAGUGGGUAGCAGUGCCUGAAAGCUUUGUGAUCACCGUCGGGGCGCUGUCGCAGACGCAAUUCGCGCUGUCCGGCUUAUGUGUGCACAGCAAGCAGAUGAUAGCCAAUCUGCACUCGACCAAAGGGUUGAUCGUGGCGGAGGCAGUGAUGAUGGGUCUGGCACCGCAUGUGGGUCGCCAGAAAGCACACGAUAUUGUCUACGAGGCAUGUCGGGAGAGCAUCGAGUCGCAGCAGACAUUGUUCCAAUGCUUGACGCAGAAGCCGGAGGUGACCUCGAAGCUGACAGAGGAACGCGUGAGCCAGCUCUGUGACCCGGUAAACUACCUCGGUGCAUCGAUGCGGAUGGUGGAUGAUGUCUUGGCUGUCGAUUGA